GGAAACAGCUCCCCUGCACAAUCCCCUGUGCAGCCCUUAUAGCGGGGAAGGUUUGCUCUUUGCCCCCUGUCCCUUACUGACACCAUGGGCAGGAAGGUGACUGUGGCCACCUGUGCAUUAAACCAGUGGGCUCUGGAUUUUGAAGGCAAUUUAAAUCGGAUCUUGCGAAGCAUCAGUAUCGCUAAGGAGAAAAAAGCCCGUUACAGACUCGGCCCAGAACUUGAAAUCUGUGGUUAUGGCUGCUCCGAUCACUUCUAUGAGUCCGACACCAUAUUUCAUUCAUUCCAAGUUCUGGCCAAGCUGCUGGAAUCUCCGGAAACAACGGAUAUUAUCUGUGACGUGGGCAUGCCUGUGAUGCACAAAAAUGUCCGCUAUAACUGUCGGGUAAUAUUCCUGAACAGGAAAAUACUUCUUAUACGGCCAAAAAUGGUCAUGGCCAAUGAAGGGAACUACCGGGAACUGCGCUGGUUCACACCGUGGAGCAGAAUACGAGAGGUGGAAGACUUUUUCCUGCCAAGAACAAUUCAAUGCAUAACUGGCCAGAUCACUGUACCGUUUGGUGAUGCUGUUAUAGCAACAAAGGACACAUGCGUGGGCACUGAAAUCUGUGAAGAAUUGUGGGCACCUAAUAGCCCACACAUCGACAUGGGGCUGGACGGAGUGGAGAUAAUUACAAAUGGCUCUGCCAGUCACCAUGAACUGAGGAAAGCCUACUUAAGGGUAGAUCUAAUCAAGUCUACGACAGCAAAGAAUGGGGGAAUUUAUCUUCUUUCCAACAUGAAAGGAUGUGACAGCGACAGACUGUACUUCGAUGGCUGUGCCAUGGUGUCCCUCAAUGGCGAUAUCGUGGCUCAGGGAUCCCAGUUUUCACUUACUGAUGUGGAAGUUCUAACGGCAACGCUGGAUUUGGAAGACGUCCGGAGCUAUAGGGCUCAGAUUUCGUCUCGGUGCAUUUCGGCAAGCCGAGUGAGACCGUUCCACAGGGUGCACGUGGAUUUCUCCCUGUCAUCAUUUGAUGAUUUAGACUUGCCCACCAAUGACCUAAUUCAAUGGAAAUACCACACCCCAGAGGAGGAAAUAAGCCUAGGUCCAGCAUGCUGGCUUUGGGACUAUUUACGACGCAGCAAGCAGUCUGGAUUUCUCCUUCCCCUCAGCGGUGGGGUUGAUAGUUCAGCAGUGGCAUGUAUUGUGUAUUCCAUGUGUACCCUGGUGUGUGAGGCAGUGGCCACAGGCAAUGGUGACGUCUUGACAGAAGUUCAGGGCAUAGUUCAGGAUGACACUUACCUGCCCACAAGCCCCCAGGACUUGUGCAAACGUAUAUUAACCACUUGCUACAUGGCCAGUGAGAAUUCCUCCCAAGACACACACGACAGAGCCAAGCAUCUGGCAGAACAAAUAGGCAGCUAUCAUUUGACACCUAAAAUAGAUGGGGCAGUGAAAGCGAUCAUGAACAUAUUUCAGGUGGUGACUGGAAAAGUUCCAAAGUUCCGUGCCCAUGGAGGAAGCGGAAGAGAGAAUUUAGCACUACAGAAUGUGCAGGCUCGGAUCCGCAUGGUAAUUGCCUACUUGUUUGCACAGCUAAGCCUCUGGGCUCGGGGCUUGGAAGGUGGGCUGCUGGUGCUUGGAUCUGCCAAUGUGGAUGAAAGUCUCCGUGGCUAUCUGACCAAGUAUGACUGCUCCAGUGCCGACCUCAAUCCGAUUGGUGGAAUCAGUAAGACUGACCUGAGAGGUUUCAUCCAGUAUUCUAUCGACAGAUUCCAGCUACAUGCUCUGAAAGGAAUAAUGUCCGCUCCCCCUACGGCAGAACUGGAGCCCCUCACUGAUGGAAAAGUGUCUCAGACCGACGAGGAUGACAUGGGAAUGACUUAUGCCGAGCUCUCUGUUUAUGGGAAACUGAGGAAAGUUCUGAAAGCCGGACCCUACAGCAUGUUCUGCAAACUGCUGCUUAUGUGGAAAAACAUAUGCACCCCAAAACAGGUGGCAGACAAAGUCAAGCAUUUCUUCAGGACGUAUUCUAUCAAUAGGCACAAAAUGACCACCCUCACUCCCGCUUACCACGCCGAGAGCUAUAGCCCAGAUGAUAACCGAUUUGAUUUGCGGCCCUUUCUGUACAACACGGCUUGGAACUGGCAGUUUCGUUGCAUUGAUAAUGAGGUGUCCCAUUUGGAAAGGAACAGAGACGCUAAUAUAUCUGAAGAGAUCGACUGAGUUCAGAUCCGCAGUGGAAUUUGCAUUUUCUGCAGAAAUCACUACAUCUAAAUAUACCAUUAAUAGAAGCAAUUGUAUGAAAUGACAAUAAAAUUAUCUUUCUUAUUUACGAGCUGCUAAAUUAAAAAAAAAAAAAA